AUGACUGAAUUAUCUAGAUGUACAAAAGCAGUUUCCAUGGAGACUGGGGGAUUACCGUUAGUGUCUACUUUUGCGCUACUGACUAUAGUAGCAGGUCAGCUUCAAGGAUCAGGAUACAGCGAACAAGAACCUGAGUUUCUUUCACCCUUGGAGAAUAUAACUAUUGCUCAAGGAAGAGAUGUACAUUUUACAUGCACUGUUAAUCAUCUUGGCAGUUACAAGGUGGCCUGGAUUAAAUCUGACACGAAGACUAUCCUAGCAAUUCACACUCACAUGGUGACACUGAAUCCACGGUUAUCCGUAACACACAAUGGUCACAAUACUUGGAAACUGUACAUUAGCAACGUUGAGCAAAAGGAUUCUGGAACCUACAUGUGUCAAAUCAACACUGAUCCUAUGAUGAGCCAGAUGGGGCAUUUAUCAGUUGUGAUACCACCAGACAUCGCAGAUGGCGAUGGUUCAGCUGCUAGCGCACCUGAAGGGGGCAAAAUUGAACUUCGCUGCACGGCAACUGGUGUACCAGAGCCCACGGUGUCGUGGAAGAGAACCGAAGGACGCAAUAUUGUUUUUCGAGAUGAAGAUGGGAAGGAAGUUAAGGUGGUACACAGCUACGUUGGGUCGACUCUACUAUUGAAGGGGCUGCGACGAGAAGAUAUGGGCAUGUAUUUAUGUAUCGCGGCGAAUGGAAUCCCUCCCACAAAAAGUCGUCGUUAUGAAGUGAAUGUUCUUUUUACGCCUGUGAUACGUGUGACCAGUCCGGUAGUAUUGCGGGCAACCGAUUUGCAAGUCACCUUGCAGUGUUACGUAGAAUCUUCACCAAAACCGCUUACUACUUGGCAACGUGGAAAAUCACAGACUGGCGUCAAACUAUUGAACAGCUCCAAGUAUAUGAUAUCUGAAGAAGUUAUUAGUGAAUAUGGACUACGAAUGAACUUGACUAUUACUCGUCUGAAGAAGUCAGACUUUGGCGAUUAUACGUGUUCAGCGAUUAAUGCGUAUGGAAGAGCAGAGGGUUCAAUUAACUUGAAAGAAACUCCCCAGAAAACGACAACAACGACUACCACAACAACGACAACUACGCCUCGUACGACAACGACUUUGAUGACAACUACACUGCCUCCAAAGAAACAUCUCAAAAAACAACCAGAACGCACCAACCAUAAUGUUUUGGACACUGAUCUACAUCAAGCGGAAAUAAAUAAUGCUCUUAACUUUUAUAAUGUAAAUGCUUACGGGUCCACAAAUACCUCCCACAAUGAAUACGCUCAACGCACUGAAAGACAAAAAGUCCGGACUUCUGCACCACCCAGGCACUAUGUUGUCUAUAACAACAGAGGCACGCUUUGCACUGUAUCAGUUAUUGUUUUUUGCAUUGCCAACUGGCUAGUUACAACUGUUAUAUAA